AAUAAUUGACGUCGAGCAGUUGUUUAUCAGUCUAAAACACUAUCCGGAGCCUUCUGUUGCACUUUUGUUGUUACACAACUCUUUAAAGUUUUCAAAGUUUUCAACCUAAUUGCCAACGUGCAUAGCAAUGCACAACUCCUUAAUUGCUGCACUUGUUAUCUGUUUUCUCACACGCUUCUCGGGAGCUGAUGCCGGUACAACAUAUUGGAAUGCAACGUUGUAUCGGGAUGUAUCGCAAAAUAAUGUUCUGCAGGAGGUAUCGGGAGUCCUAUGCCAGGACGUGGAUGCCUCUAAUCACGACAAAACCUCCUCCAUCAAUACCCAUGACACGUGCGUAAUAGUUUACGCAGAACCUGGUUGUAAAGGGAACCACAAGAAGAUACAACCUGGCACUCCACAUCAUGAUGAUUUUGAACAACUCGGGUUCAACGAUGUCUUGUCAUCCGUUGGGCCUUGUUGAAAAAUGAAAGAAAAUUGUCGUGGACUUGAUAGCUCGCUGGAAAAAAAAAAUUGACUCUUUUCAACAAAGAAAACUGUUUUCUUGACAGUAUCCUGUUACAUUGAAAUAAUGCUCCUUUAUUUCGUCAAAUGUCGCCUGGAGGCUCAAAAAUUUAUUGCCUUUCAAAAGCACGAACUCCAAAAUGUA